GACAGACAUUUUAGAGUACAAAAUUUGUCUAAUGUAUGGUUAAAUUAAAUUCUUUGAAACAUAUAUGGUGAAUUAAAUUGUACGAAAAUGCAAAAAUAAAUUAACAUAGGUUAUAAAAUGGCGAAGCGACAUUCCUUCACAGCUUCUGGUAAACGUGGAAAACCAUCUCUACGUGCGGUCUCCUCGCCCUCGGCAAUGAACUCCCUAGCCAGUAUAUCGCCAUCAUCUUCCAAAUGUCCGAGCAGCAUGCAUUGCAAUGACUGGGAGCAGUUCAUGAAAAGAACAUGCAACUACGUAUGGACAAUGUCCUGCGCGUUGAACGGGAACUAUGUUGCUGUCAUCGCCAUUAUAAUCGUCGUCAUCCUCAGUUUACUUCUCCCUGAUAUCACGCAAAAAUUCCACGCUACACACGAACUCAAGAAUAUGAAAAAAGUUUUGGCUAAAAUGUCGAAUGAAGUGAGACGUGCAGAGGUAGCAUGCCUGACAGUGGCUGAUGAAAUCUGUUGCCUCCACUGCAACAUGCACGACGACACUACGGGAACUUCAACCGAAAAACUACAAAACGUCUCAAUCUGCACCAACUAUUGCAUGCGAACUACUCAAUCGGAACCGGUCCAAGUUGAAAAAAAAAUUGGUUUCCUUCGGCGCCUUUUCUACCCCAAUCGCAACACUUCCCACAAGGAAAUCGCCAUCAUGUCAUAUGUGUACACCGAUUCCUUCGACGCCAACAAACAAAGUGAAGAUCAGCAAGUGAUGUGAUGAAUAUCUCAAGACAUUUACCAUUAACUACCACUCAAACACUAGC